AGCCUGAGCCGCCCUGCUCGGGUGGGGGCUGCAGAGGGGCCCUUCCAGCCGCACGGGGACGCUGCAGCUGCAGCAGCCUCCGCUCCCGGGGGGUGGGGGGAUUCACCCCGCGUGGCCGAGAUGAGAGGCGCGCCAGGGCCCGGUGCAUGCGCGAGCCGCGGCCGCCUCCCCGGGCCAACAGCUGCGCAGGCUGGAGCCUCCCACCGAAACGCCAUGGAUACAGCUAGUCACAGUCUAGUCCUCCUGCAGCAGUUGAACAUGCAGCGUGAGUUUGGUUUUCUCUGUGACUGUACAGUUGCAAUAGGAGAUGUUUACUUCAAGGCCCACAGAGCAGUGCUAGCUGCUUUUUCAAACUACUUUAAGAUGAUAUUUAUUCACCAGACAAGUGAAUGCAUAAAGAUUCAGCCUACAGAUAUCCAACCGGACAUAUUCAGCUACUUGUUGCACAUCAUGUACACUGGAAAAGGUCCAAAGCAGACAGUCAACCCCAGCCGGCUGGAGGAGGGCAUUCGAUUUCUCCAUGCAGACUACCUUUCCCACAUUGCAAUUAAAAUGAACCAGAUACUUUCCCCAGAGACGAUGCAGUCUUCAAACUUAUAUGGAAUUCAGAUCUCAACUGCACACAAAGCAACAAAGGAAGGUCUUGGAGCAAAAGAAAAUCUGACAAAUGCCAGCAACAGGUCUGCUAACCAGGGCGAUCACCCACAGUUACAGCUCUCACUUGCCAUUGGACUAGAUGAUGGUACCCUCGAACAACAGAUCACCCAUCCUUCCACCCAAGCAGCUGUCAAACCAGUGGAGGAGCUUCAGAAAUCAUCUGUGUCUAUAAAGCAGGAGAAAUGUGACCCCGAGCCAGUGGUGUCCCAAAGUCACACGUCGCCCUCUCCAGAUGUUUCUAAAACUAAUCUCAAAAUGCAUUUAUGUCAUUACUGUGGGGAGCGUUUUGAUUCCCGUGGCAAUUUGCGGGAACACCUGCACACUCACGUCUCUGGCUCACUUCCCUUUGGCGUCCCAGCCUCCAUCCUGGAGAGCAAUGACCUUGGUGAAGUGCAGCCUAUUACUGAAAAGGGGGAAGCUAUUGAAAGUCACCGGCUCGGUGCCUUCCUACUGAAAGAGAAUGAGCAUCCGUCAGAACGUCCAAGCCAUAGUAACACAGAGCCGUUACAGUAUGGCCAGUUGUCGCUAAUCUCCAAAGACACUGAGCCUGUGGAGUUAAACUGCAACUUCUCUUUUUCAAGAAAGAGAAAAAUCAGUUGCACAGUCUGUGGCCACAAAUUUCUCCGAAAGAGCCAGUUGCUAGAACACAUGUACACACACAAAGGGAAACAAUACAAAUACAACCGAUGCCAAAGGUUUGGUAACCCAGUAGCCCACAGGUUUCAUCCUUAUUGUGACAGUUGGUCUGAUUGUACAGUAAAAAGUUCCAGGCUCUCUCAAGAUCACCUAGAUUCAUCAUGUGCAUUGGAGUCUGAUCUUGCUCCAGAAAAUGUUGAUGCAAUCCUCGUAGAAUAGCUUUGUAUGUUGCCUCUGAUGAGCUGAAAGCGUGAAUGCUUCAAUUUGUUUGUGUCCUUCCAUUUUGCUGAAUGUUCUGGGUACUCUUCUGAAGUUUUCUCUUCACCUAACAGCUCUGUCUUCAGCGAGAUGAGACUGUAACAAUUAUGUAUACCCUUUUACUUGGAUAUUUAAAUCUUAAAAUCCAAGUUGAUUAGAGAACAAGCUAUUUGUCGGCAGUGUCCAGAUAACUUAGAUCCAUCUUUCAUAAAUGACCAAUUAAUUGACCUGUGUGUUACCCAAGAUGAGAUUGUAGAAGUUAGUGAGUAUGGGGUUUAAGCAUCUAGUAUACUGAGAAGAACUUUAGGAUUGAGUGUGUGUCCUUAGAAUUAUUCUGAAACCAAAGUGGGUGGAAUGUGUUCAGAGGAUAUUGCUUUUCUUGAUUAGUUUUUUUUUUUUUAGGUUAAUAUCAAUUCCCUAGAAAGAGAGAAUAACCCAAAGUACAGAGGACAUGUGGGAAAUGAACAAGCUACAGCACAUAAACCUCAGGCUGUUCCCUUUUCCUGGUAAUCCCAGGGGUUGAUGUAGAGACAGUGGCCCUGGUUCAGAAAGCGUUUGCAGUCCCAUUGACUUUGAAUACAUUCUUUAAGUGCAGCAUCUACUUAAGUGCUUUACUGCAGGAGGACUAAUGUGCAUCCUUCCCCAUUCCAAGCCCAGCAGGCCUCCCCCUGCUUGAUCAGUCUCCUCCACAAAUGUGGAACCAAAUCCUACUGAAGCUCUUCAAAGGGUCCCAUUAAUGAACCUUCCUCUGUAAGAUGGAAUGAGAUCCAGGUGAAGAGUCUCCUCCAAGAGGAUCUAGGGCAGGGGUCUGCGGACUCCCUGCCCUUUCAAGGGGGCCACGGCCCCCGCAGCUGAAGCCCCGAUCCCUGGCACCCCCUGCUGGGCUGAAGCCGGGGGAGGUGCAGGGCUGAAGCCCCGAUUCAUGGCCCGUGACCCCUACCGGGCUGAAGCCAGGAGGCAUGGGGCUGAAUCCCCGAGCCCUGGUGCUCCCUGUGGACCAGAAACCCUGAGCCCAUGGUGGGCAGAGUUGGGGACAUGGAGGGCAUUGCCCCCUCCCCCCCAAACUGCAGCGCAAGAUCAAGGCAGUCCUGGGGGCACCUCCACACGUCCCCCGAGUCCCCCCUCAUCUCCUCUCCCCGCCCCCGGGCCAGGUUGGAGGUGGGAAGCCGGAGCCAGGCAGUGCGGGGCAGCUGUGGCUCUGGCUGGUGCCAUGGAGCAGGCAGCUGCAGCAUUCCCUCCUCUCCUGCUCAUGCCCCAGGUUGAAGCUGCUCAUCAGCUCCCAGCCCCCUUUGCUCCUGCAGAGGCAGCCGGUAAGAGCCCCCUGGGUGGGAAGACCCAGCUCCGUGGCUGGCAGACUCCUCCGGGAACAGGGACAGCAGGGGAGUCCUCCCAGCACACUGCCCCUAAUACGCCUCUUCCUACACCCUGAGCCCCUAGUGCUCCUCUCCCUGCCCGCACACAGCCCCUAAUACUCCUCUCCCUACACCCUGAGCCCCUAGUGCCCCUCUCCCUGCCCGCGCACAGCCCCUAAUACUCCUCUCCCUACACCCUGAGCCCCUAGUGCCCCUCUCCCUGCCCGCGCACAGCCCCUAAUACUCCUCUCCCUACACCCUGAGCCCCUAGUGCCCCUCUCCCUGCCCACACACAGCCCCUAGCUACCACCUCCCUGCACUCUAAGCUGUUUUCAAACUUUUUGAGCUAAGCCCCCCACCUUUGAGUUAUAAUUUAAAUAUAUAAACUCCCUCCCUCCCUCCCUAGACCCCACCAUGCGGAGGUUGCUUGAGCCCCAAUGACCCCUGACCCCCCAAAUAGAAGUCAAACUACACCUUUUCGCAAGGCCCCUGUCCCAAGGCGCCCCCCCUGCCCCUGCUGGGCCCUGAAGUUUUUAUAGCCUGUCAAGGGGGGCCUCAGAGAGAAAAAGGUUGAGAACCCCCUGAUCUAGGGGACCCCAUCUCUUAAAAGAAAAUCCUUUUCCCUACUGCAAGUUAUUUCUAUAUAUGAACAACUUUGAAUCAUAUGCUCCUAACUACUAGGGUGAUGUGAACAUUAAAAACCCAUAGAUGAGGAACAUUGUCUCUUCUACAACCGUAAUACUGUUUAAAUAGAAGUUUUUUAUGUCUUUGUUAUCAUGUCCUGCAUAUCUCAAAAAUGUAUUCUUCCAAGUCAGUUACAAAUGUGCAUUCACAUUCAUUCUGACCUCAGGUUAAUAUUUUGCUCUUCUAUAGCGUUAUUUCAUCUGAGCAUCACAAACCACUUCCUGCAAUGCGGGGUAUAAAGAGCGCCCAAAGAAGUGUACCUUUGCGGGGGAGGGGGAGGGAGAGGGGAAUCGGCCAACAGCGAACUGGAGUAAUUCUGAUAUAAAGAACAAUUUUUGUAUAUGUACUGAAUAGAUGCUGCGAGCUGCUCCACUCUGCUGCUCAAAAAAUGUGUUAGGCACUUUUCCAAAAAUGUGCAUUAAGACUAGCAAUGAAAGCCUUUGCCUGUCCGUUACCAUGGGAUUGCGUCACUCGAAUGCACAGUGAUGGGGAAAAUCUUUGAACAAUGGUGAGAAAAAUGCUUGCCAAAAUUCCUGGUCCAAAUCUCUUUUGAAGUCAGUAGACUUCACCUGGCUCUACUGAGAUGGGAUCAGGCCCAGAAAAAAAUCUGAAAUCAAAACAUUUUUGAACAACCAAAGCAUCAUAUGCUAAUUAUUUUUAGGACUGAGCUCCUCUUGAUUUGAUUUCUUUAUAUUAUACUCAGUAGGGAAGCCAAGAGCUGCAUGGACAGAGACUUGACUUUUCUUAGAGGGGGUCUCUGCACACCACGGUUGAAGCCCCUUCCUAAGGUGAUACAGGGAUGCUCACGCAGCUGUUUCUUGUUGGCUGAGCCUCUUUCGCAAACACUGACGCUUAGAAAAAAAUUACUCUGAAUGGACAGCCACGCCAAUUUCUGCUUUGUUCCCCAGUGUAACUUCAACCUAGGAAAAAAGGUGUGGUUUUAACAUGUUCGUUAAUAUGCGCUAAAAUCCUAAUGUAGACAAGGCAAAUUACCUGGUCAAGCUGAACCUUAGACUCCCGACUAGGGUUUACCUCAACUAGUUAAUGUGUUUUAAACAGUAGACCAUGAAAACAAAACCAAGGAUUGAUGACAGUAGGACAUACAGACACAACAUGCUACAGGAAAGAACAAAUUAGGAUAUAUAUUCCUUAUACGUUGUGGUCUUUAGUUGUGCUAAGUGUAAUUAAACAUUGCCAGAAGGAUACUUAAAUGGGAACAAUGAAACUGAGCAGAAGUCACAUCUGCAUGAGUUAUUAGCUAGCUGUGAUGUAUUUAUAUAGUAGUAGUGACUAUAUCAUAUUGAAUGUGAAGAGGAAUUUACUUUCUGAAAUUGGUAAAUAACUGUUUUGUGUUCAUGCGUAUCUUUUAAAACUAGUGAGCAUAAAAACUUAAAUGUUCUUCUUCAAGUGCUUGCUCAUGUCCAUUCCAUUGUAGGUGUGCGUGCGCUGACAUGCGCGGUCGUCGGAGACUUUUGUCUUAGCGGUAUCCAUAGGGCCGGCUGUGGUGCCCUCUGGAGAGCCGCACUCAUGACACGGUACAUCAGGUGCCGCCGUCCCUGCGCCCUCUCAGUUCCUUCUUACUGCCUGUGGUGGUCAGUCGGAGCACCUCUGUCCCUUUCUCGCAAGCGGCCAGAGGUUUCCCUUCUACCUUAGCCUUGUGCUUCUAGCUGUAAAUAGUUAAUGGUUUGUUAGUUAGUUGUGAAGUACCUGUUAAGUGUUCUGUUCUCUGCAGGACAGGGACAAGAGCUCCCCGUCAGACGCCUUCCUCAUUCCAUGGUGGGGAGCGCUGAUGUACGCCUUCCUGCCGGCGCCAUUGAUCCAUGAGGUCUUGCUAAAGGUGAAGCAAGACAAAGCGGCUGUCAUCCUCAUAGCCCCAGCGUGGCCUCGGCAACAGUGGUUCGGCACGCUGCUGAGUCUGUCGGCAGCCACCCCGUUGCAGCCACCUCUUCGGCCGGAUCUCCUGUCCCAGAACCACGGCAAUCUGCUGCAGCCGAACCUGGCAAUGCUGCACUUGACAGCCUGGCUACUGCGUGGCUGAGUGGGGAUGAGCAGCGGUGUUCCACUGGUGUCCAGCAAGUCCUGCUGGUAGCAGGAAACCCUCCACCAGGCUACCUAUGUGGCAAAGUGGAAGCAGUUCACGUGUUGGGCCGCAGCUCGUCACGCUUGUGCGGCGGAAGCCCUGCUGCAGGACAUCCUGGACUAUUUUGCUGCACCUUAACCUCCAGGGCUUGUCGCUUUCUUCAGUCAAGGCACACUUGGCGGCCAUUUUGGCGUUCCACCCUCCGUUUCAAGGCAGGUCGGUCUUCACCCAUCCCAUGACGGCAUGGUUCCUGAAAGGCCUGGAACACCUUUACCCGCAUGUCCAGGAGUGGUUCCCCCUUGGGACCUGAACCUGGUGCUGUCAAGGCUCAUGGGUCUCCCCUUCGAGCCUUUGGCUUCCUGCUCCCUUCUGCUUCUCUCCUGGAAGGUCUCCUUCCUAGUCACUAUAACUUCGGCCCGGAGGUGUUCAGGGUGUUCACAUCGGAACCGCCUUAUACAAUCUUCUAUAAGGAAAGGUCCAGCUGCAUCCACACCCGGUCUUUCUGCCCAAGGUCGUCUCCCAGUUCCAUACUGGUUGAGACAUAUAUUUACCGGUCUUCUGCCCUAAGCCUCAUGCAUCGGAGGAGGAACGCAGGCUGCAUACCCUGGAUGUCAGGCGGGUACUGACCUUCUACACAGAUAGAAUGAAGCCAUUCCGUAAGUCAGUGCAGUUGUUUGUUGCUGUCACAGACAGACUGAAGGGUUGCCCAAUGUCUACCCAGAGAAUAUCAUCGUGGCUCACUGACUGAAUCUGCUACUGUUAUGAGCUGGCGAAGGUGCCCCCGCUGGCAAUCGUGAUGGCUCGUUCAACUAAGGCGCAGGCAUACCCGGCAUCCUUCCUCGCUCAGGUGCCGAUCCAAGAAAUUGUCGCUGCGACCUGGUUGUCCGUCCACACAUUCACUUCAUACUAUGCGUUGAUCUAGCAAGCCCAAAAUGACGCUGGUUUCAGCAGAGCUGUGCUCCAAUCUGCAAGACUGUGAACUCUGAGUCCACCUCCAAGGGCACUGUUUGUGAGUCCCCUAGAAUGGAAUCGACAUGAGCAAGCACUCAAAGAAGAAAAACUGGUUACCCACCUUUUUGUAACUCUUGUUCUUCAAGACGUGUUGCUCAUGGCCAUUCUAUUACCCACCCUCCUGCCCCUCUGUCGGAGUUGUAUGCAAGACGGAACUGAAAGAGCAUAGGGCUGGUGGCAUCUGAUAUACCGUGGCAUGAACGCGGCACUCCAGAGGACGCCACAGCUGGCCCUAUGAGUACCGCUAACGCAAGAGUCUCCAAUGACUACGCAUGUGGGUGCGCGCUCUACAAUAGAAUGGGCAUGAGCAACACAUCUCGAAGAGCAACAGUUACAAAAGAUAGGUAAUCGUUCCUUAUUUUCUGAAGGGCUUACUAGUGUGUUCUCCAGUUAACCUUCCUGGUACAGUCAUCUGUGACUUGAAUACAUUUAACUUCUUUGAAAUGCUAUGUACUUUACAAAAGGGUUUCCCUUGAGUAUUUCUAUAGAAUGUCUUUUAUAUACCACCGUGAGUCAUGCAGCGUGUGUAACAAUCGAUUUAAAAAAUAAUUUUAAAAAUUGUAAUUGGAUUUUUCUUUUAAUUAAAUUCACAUUUGUUUUUUUUUAAAUCUAUUUACAAUUUGAAUUUGACAACCUAUAUUAACUUGUAAACUUAUAAUUAUUAAAAUUGUUUAAAUUAAAUAAAAAAUAUUAAGCAGUACAUAUUUGCUGUCAGAUUGUAAACAAAGUCAAACCACUGAACUGAUGAAAGUCACUGGCCAAGCAUCUGGGUCCAGAGUUUGCUGAAGUGCUAAACCAGCUUUUGACAGCAGUAGCCUCUUUUGCAGGUACAGAGAAAAUAUUUUCUUCAUUUCAGUUUAUUCAACUAAUAAUAGUGCACUGGUUCCCAAACUUUUUACCUCGUGCCCCCCAUUACCCCUGUCCCCACCCCCAGGAGUGGGGCCAUGGCUUCAGGAGGCGGGGACGCAGACACGAGUAAGGGGGGCCAAGGCUGGGGCCAUAGCUGAGGGCAGGGGCAGGAGCAGUGUCUCGGCCAGGGGCCAAGGCCAGCAGCUGGAGCCCUGGGUGUGGGGCCAGCAGCCGGGACCCUGGUCACGGGGUCAGC